UAUCAUAGAAGUGCUGCAAAACUUAUGAACAAAAUAAACGGAAACAAGUAGAACAUAUGGACUGGAUAUAUAUACCAGCAAAACCAAGCCAAUGAUCAUUAACAAGGUAAAUAUAAAUGGAGGAAAUCUUUACAUAAACCAAAUAAGAAUUGGGGGUGUUUCACAGUACAACUACUUGGGAACUAUAAUCAAUGAGUCGUGGGACAAUACCCAAGAGAUUAAAUGUCGCAUUGGAAAGGAAAAAGUAGAUACUUUGAACUAUUGACUAUGAACUCCGUGAUCGAAAGCCAUGACCUCACUCUAGAAACAAAAAUAAGGCUCCUUAAAUGUUACGUGUACUCAGUGCUACGGUACGGAGUAGAAACGUGGACAUUGAAGGCGAAAACUCUAUUAAAACUUCAGGCUUUUGAGCUAUGGUUAUACAGAAGGAUUCUGAAGAUACCAUUCAUGGACAAAGUCACCAAUGAAGAAGUGCUAUGGAGGAUGAACACAACCGUGGAUUUGGUCAACAUCGUGAAUGGCCGUAAGCUGCAGUACUUGGGACAUAUAAUGAGAAAUCAAGGCAGAUAUGAGCUACUUCAAUGCAUUUUGCAAGGUAAAAUUGAAGGAAAAAGGGCCCAGGACGAAGAAGAAUAUCCUGGCUUGCUAACUUGAGAGUACGGUAUAG